AAAUUUACAUAUAUAUUCAAAUUUUGAGAUUUUGUUUCAUUUAUUAUGUUUCAUAUUGUAUAUAUAAGUAUAUAUAUAUAAAUAAUCAUAUGCUUGUAUAACCAUAUAUAAUAUAUAAAUUUUAAUAUUUAUUAUACUAAUUAUCUAUUAUCUAAUCAAAUUUUUUUUACUUUAAUUUAUUUUAAUAAUAAAUUAGAAAAGAGAGGAUCAUAUUAUAUCAUAUUUAUAAAUUCAUGUUUAAAUUUUUUAUUGCAUAGUAGUAUAAAACUAUAUAAAAAAAGCUACUUUCAUAUAAAAUUAAUACACUUUCUCAUAAAACAUUCGUUUGUUUAAAAUUUAAUAAUCAUAUGUACGAAUGUACACACCACAAAAAGUGGAAAAUAUAAAAGAGUAUCCUUUUUAAUAUUCAUAAUUAGAUAUAAAAAAAGAUUAUAUAAAAUGAUUAAAAACGUGAAAAAAAAUCUAUCUAAUGUAAAGAAAACUGAUAAAAAUAUUAGUGAGAAAAAGAGUUGUCAGAAAAAAAAAUUAACAGAUGAUGAAGAUAAACAUAAACCCACAAUUAUUAAAAAUAAAAAUUUAAAAUUUAAAAAUAAAUCUACAAAAAAUAAAUUGUUUAAAAAAAUCAAACAAAUAUAUAAGAAUAAUGAAAAUCAUAAUUCUAUUAAUUUUUUAAAUUCUGAUAUAAUAAAAGUAAUAGAUACUAAAAAUAAAAGAAAAAGUAAAUUAAUCAAAAAUGUUCAAAAUAAAAAAAAACAGAAAAUUGAUGACAAAAAACAAAAUCAAAAAAAUCUUGAGGAAAAAAAUAAAAUCUCUGACCAAAUUGAAAAUAAGAUUAAUAAUAACAAUAAAUUUAUAAAAAAGACAAAAACAAAACAUACAGAAUCUGAAAUGAAACAACAAAAUAAUAAACCAGCAAAAUUAAAUUCAAUAUUACAAAAAAAACAAAAACAAAAAAGAGAACAAAAACUAAAUAAUAAAGUAACAAACUUAAGUUCAAUAUUAAAAAACAAAAUAAAACAAAAUAAGAAUAAAUUUUCAGAUUCUUCAAAAAAAAAUAAUUCUGAAACAUCUCUUAAGCAACACAAUUUAGAAAAAUUACUUUCUAAAGAUAAUAAACAAGAAGAACGAAAAAAAAAAAAGGUGAAUGAACCACAAUCUUUAAGAGAUAGAAUGAUGACUAAAUUAAGAGCUUCUAGAUUCAGAUAUUUAAAUGAAACACUUUAUAAUAAUGAAAGUUCAGAAUCUAAAAAAUAUUUCAAGAAUGAUCCUGAUGCAUUUAAGGCAUAUCAUGAAGGAUAUAAACAGCAAAUCGAACAAUGGCCUUUAAAUCCUCUUGAUGUUAUAAUAUCUUCAAUAAAAAAAAUACCAAAGCAAUAUAUAAUUGCCGAUUUUGGAUGUGGAGAAGCAAGACUUGCUGCUACAGUUCCUCAUAAAGUACAUUCUUUUGAUUUUAUUUCUCUAAAUAAAAAUGUAACUGCUUGUGAUGUAGCACAUACCCCAUUAUUAACAAGUAGAAUAGAUGUUGUUGUGUUUUGCUUAUCUCUGAUGGGAACCAAUCUUAAAGACUACAUUAUAGAAGCAAAUAGAGUUCUUAAAAAAGAUGGCAUUUUAAAAAUAGCUGAAGUUGAAAGUCGAUUUGAACAUAUAGAAGAUUUUAUAAAAGUAAUAAAUAAUUAUGGUUUCAAAAAUACUUGGAAAGAUUUGUCUCAUAACUUAUUUUAUUUUUUAGAUUUUAAAAAAGAAAGAGACAUUAAUAAUAAAAAUAAAUUACCUCUUAUAACUUUAAAACCAUGUUUAUAUAAAAAACGUUAGAAAUUAAGUAAUAAUUUAACAUUGUAAAGCAAUGCAUUUUAAUAAAAUUUUAAUAAAAUUUGUUAUUAUAUAUUAUAUA